AUGGUUGAACUAUUAGGAACACAUUGUGAAUAUCCAGAAUGUAACACACUAGAUUUUCUCCCGAUCUACUGUUUUCAUUGUGAGAAAACAUUUUGUAAACGUCACGGUUCAGCACCUGAUCAUUCGUGUAUAUCUUUACAACAGACAAAUUUAGAAAAUUCGACAUCAAAUUUACCGUUUCUUCCAUGUGCUUAUUCAAAUGGCUGUAAAAGUCAAAAAUCUCCGAUUAGCUUCACAUGUUCAUUAUGUCUGAAGAAUUUCUGUGUUGAACAUCGUCACGUCGACGAUCACGAAUGCCCAAAUCGAGCACAACAACAGCCGAUGACUCAUUAUGCAUCUCAAACGAAUAAGAGUGAGCCGAAAGCGACGAGUAAUUACCCAACAGAGAAGUUCGUUGGAACGAAAAAUGAAGCGUUGGCAAACAAAGUGGCGAUUAUGAAGUUAAAACAAAGUGCGAAAGGACCUGUCGGAGUUCCAAUGGAGAAUCGACUUCAUGUAUUUGUACAAAUUGAUGACGGCGAUGGAAAUAAUAAACGAUACCCGUUUUAUCUAUCGAAGCUUUGGCCAUUGGGAAAAGGACUUGAUUAUUUAACCAAAGAAUUGAAAUUACUAUCAGCAAAUCGUAUUAUAAUUUUGGAAAGAGAAGACAUUCAAUUGGAUUUAUCGGCGACAAUUAGCGAUUUGAAACAGUUACAUGAUGCAGAUGUGAUUAUUCUGAGAAAAAAUUGA